UGCCUACGUCAAUUAGUGUAAACAGAGCGCCAAUAGGAUAAGCUGCUGCUGCCUGCGAACGGAGUGGCGAAAGAGGAGCGGAUUGAGCUUUGAUCGGCGUUCUUUACGUGUGAACUUGUUGACGAGAGCAGUGAGAAUUUCGUACUCAGCGUGCAGCGAGCAGCAGCGACAGCAGCAGCAGGGCAGAGGAGCGCGAUUUCGCGAUUUUUGGCUCGCACUCGAAACGGCAAAACAGAACGGCGUGGAUUCCCCAGUGUAGGAAAAUAAUAACAGAAACAAAAGUGCACAUGUAGUAUUGACGCUAUUGGUUCGUGUGUUCAGCUCGCAAACGUCAAAUGGUCACAUCGCAGAUGAGUCGUUUCGAUGGUUUUCAGGCGGUGAAUAUUAAUAAAUCAUGAUAGUAUGAACGAAAAUGGGUGGCACGAGUGUGACGGAACCGUGAACGCCCGGUGAAAAUUAUGGUGGGCUGUGGUUUGGAGCGGAAAAGCGAUUAGAUCGAAGAAAAAGUCUCGAAAUUGACAUUGAACGUGAACUAGCUCAUGGACGCAGGUUGGGAAAGGGCAUGGAUUGAAACGAAGGAAGGAAAAGAAAUGUGUUCGAAGUGAGCGCGCAGAAGGCCUUGAAUUAGACUGUGAAGGAUACGUCCAAGGACUACCGUCAUAGCAACCAGCACGCGAGCAUGACGUGAGAACCCUUUGCUGGUUCAUGGCAUGCUGAGUUCGUUCGACCACAUUAAUGCCAGUAACCGAGUGAACUGGUCCUGAGUUGUAAGUAAAGGGAUAGCGAGUUCUAUUGCCACAGUUUAUCGUUGCUGUAAGUCGGAAGGGUGCUCGACUGAAAUGUGAUACCACCCCACUUGAAGGUGUAUGAGUGAGUGCUCGGUGCAUACGACGGGCGUUGUUGUUGUUUUUGUUUCGUGAGUGUUGGCCCUCUCUCGGUGUCAGUGACAUAUAUACGCUUUGGGUUUCGUUCUAUAUGUACGUGCUCCCUCUCAACCGAGUAGGCUGGCUGGCUGGUUCAGUGUGUUUAUGUGCUGGUUUUAUUUUUGUGUUUAAUGCGUGAUUUACAAGUCAACAGCACUCUGACAUCGGUGUGUAUGUUUUGGUGUACACACAGGCGGCAGCAGAUCUUAUUUUGAGUUUCCGAAAAUAUUGACCUUGAACUCGCGCGCUCGGUUCGCACAUCAGAGUAAGCGAGCAGGAAGGGGAGCAAAAAACAACGAGAGCACACAAAGUAUGGUGAAAAUAUUCGAUUUAUCCGUGCCUACUGCUAUGUGGUGGUGAGUGAGGUGAGAAAAAAACUCGUGUGUGUUUGAAUGUUGAAUUAUUUUUUCCGAACCGAGACAGAGGCCAAGUUCAGCUCCUUAUUUUCACGAAAGGCCUCUAAUUUAUCAAUAAUUCUUUUUAAGUUCGUGGAUGCAAAAGAGAGAAAAGGAGAAUGUAGAAUAGUGUGUCGCUCGGUCAGAGCCAGUGCCAGUGUCGUAAUUACAGAAGAAAAUUAUCUAGUAAAAUGCAGUGCUUAAACAAACUCGCUCAGGACGAGAAGGAUUCACUGGAAAUAAAGACAUUCGUGAUAGGUGACAACCAGCGAAUAAUGUAUUCACCACGUAGUGCGGAGCCGAAGAAAUCUGUCAAACUAGCAAUUGGCGUUCCCCAAUCGGCAUCUGCGUCAUCCUCGAUGGUGACCUCCAAUGGUCAUCACCAACAGCAGGAUCGGGCCAGGAUUCAAAUAAUCGCAAAGUCUUCGAAUAAGCCAUGUGAAAAUGUGGCACCUAUUCAGGCACAGGAAGUACACGUCAUACGGGAUGGUCGUUUCUAUGACCUUCAUCAUAACCAUGCGUCUCCAUCUCACCACCCGCAUCAGGAUUCACCGCAUCGUCCUGUAAUGUCGCCUUCUCCGAAUUCGAAUGGUCUAAUCAUAACCAACGCCGGCAGUAGCGGAGGUGAUAGCAAUCCUUGUAGGCCUCCACCCCCACUACAUCACUCUACUGCCACCAACACCAUCAUAAUCGAUGCUCCUCCGCAUUCCGCGGUGUCUAGUAGUAAACAGCAUUUGCCCCCACCUCCGGCAACGCUUAUGGUGGCUCAGCAACAACAGCAGCAACAUCAUCAUCACCAUCACCAUCAGUCGCAACAUCAGCAUCAACAGCAACAGCACCACGUGACAUCGAUGCAGCCUCCACCCCCACCACCCCCACAGGGUGCCGGUAGUGGCAGCAUGGGUGGGAAUGGUGGUGGCGGCAUGAUGCCCAAGAUGAAGAGCGCUCACGAGGAGCCUUCUAGUUCGAUGCCUGAUUUAGAGUUUGACGGAACCACCGUAUUGUGCCGAGUGUGUGGUGACAAAGCUUCCGGCUUCCACUACGGUGUACAUUCCUGCGAAGGCUGCAAGGGCUUCUUCAGGCGCUCGAUUCAGCAGAAAAUUCAGUAUCGCCCUUGUACUAAAAACCAGCAGUGUAGUAUACUACGAAUAAACCGUAAUCGCUGUCAGUAUUGUAGGCUGAAAAAAUGCAUCGCUGUUGGAAUGAGCCGCGACGCGGUCAGAUUUGGUCGAGUGCCGAAACGCGAGAAGGCCCGCAUCCUGGCGGCCAUGCAGCAAAGUACGCAAAACCGAGGGAACCAGCGGGCACUGGCCACCGAACUAGACGACCAGCCCCGUCUCUUGGCUGCCGUUCUGCGAGCGCACAUGGAUACGUGUGAGUUUACCCGCGAAAAGGUUACUUCAAUGCGGCAACGUGCUCGCGAUUGUCCUUCGUACUCCAUGCCUACUCUGGCUUGCCCACUCAACCCGGCGCCAGAACUUCAAUCGGAACAGGAGUUUAGUCAACGCUUUGCCCAUGUUAUUCGUGGCGUGAUCGACUUUGCCGGCAUGAUUCCCGGCUUCCAAAUACUGACCCAGGACGAUAAGUUCACCCUGUUGAAGGCCGGCUUGUUCGAUGCGCUUUUUGUGCGUCUGAUUUGCAUGUUCGACUCACAGAUCAAUUCGAUCAUCUGUCUGAAUGGGCAGGUGAUGCGCCGUGAUACGAUUCAGAAUGGUGCCAACGCACGUUUCCUGGUCGAUUCGACGUUCAACUUUGCCGAACGGAUGAACUCGAUGAAUCUGACGGACGCGGAAAUCGGUCUAUUCUGUGCCAUCGUGUUAAUAACGCCCGACCGACCAGGACUGCGGAAUGUGGAAUUGAUUGAGAGGAUGUACUCCAAGCUGAAGGCUUGUCUGCAGUCGAUCGUAUCGCAAAACCGGCCCGAUAAGCCGGAAUUCAUGCAGGAACUGCUGCGAACACUUCCGGACCUAAGGACGCUGAGCACCUUGCAUACGGAGAAGUUGGUUGUGUUCCGAACAGAACACAAAGAGCUACUGCGGCAACACAUGUGGAACGCUGAAGAAGAGCUCGCAAAGAGUCCCAGCUCGAACACGUGGAGCUGCGAUGGCAAUAAUGUGGAAGACAUGGCUAAGAGUCCGAUGGGUUCGGUAUCCAGUACGGAGUCGGCAGAAACCACCUCAGACUACUCUCAUACACCUUCAUCACUCAGCGCUUCGGCACCCCUGUUGGCUGCUACUCUGUCCGGUCAGUGUCCUAUUCGCCAUCGGGCAAGUUCCGGUUCGUCGGCUGAGGAUGAUAUCAUUGGUGGAACGGCGCAUCUGGCGCAGAACGGUUUGACCAUUACUCCAGUUAUCCGAUCGGUUGGAACCCAUCACGUCCGAUACCGAAAGUUGGACUCUCCCACCGAUUCCGGCAUUGAGUCCGGAAACGAGAAGCACGACCACAAACCAGUCAGCAGUGGAUCGUCGUCUUGUUCGAGUCCACGAUCUUCAUUGGAGGAUCAAUCGGACGAUAAACGCCACAUUGUGGAGAAUAUGCCCGUUCUGAAGCGUGUCCUACAGGCACCACCACUGUACGAUACCAACAGUCUAAUGGACGAAGCGUACAAACCACACAAGAAGUUCCGUGCGAUGCGCCAACGGGAAAGUGAAGCCGAACCUGCUCCAAGCUCAUCCUCUUCGUCUACAAUCACUCUUUCAUCACAUUCACCUAAACCAUCGUCCAGCUCGUCACAAUCGGUGGUCUCGUCGCAUUGUAGCAGUAUGGGAGCAGCGCAAUCUCCCUCUCCUCAGCAGCCCCAAUCCCAGUUGCAUAUGCAUUUAACGAGGCCGCUGAAUCAAUCACCACACCAAAGCCUUCACCACCAUCAUCAUCAACAACAUCACUCGGCGACACCUCCCGCCAGCCAUCAGUCGUCUUCCCUAUCCAGCACGCACUCGGUGCUGGCAAAAUCCCUCAUGGAACAACCCACUAUGACACCGGAACAGAUGAAACGUUCCGACAUCAUCCACAACUACAUCAUGCGAGAAUCGCAACACGCUCAUCAAAAUCAGCACCACUCCGAAGCGCAGGGUCCGUACCGGAGUGGCCUCCUAGUAUGUAGUCCACGAUCCUCAUCCGUCUCACCGUUAACCUCGAGCAGUAGUAGUAGCAGUAGCUCAUCUUCCUCCGGAAGUGGAUGCCCAUUCUCAUCCAACGGCAGCAACAGUAGGUGGCAGAGUGGUCCAACGAGUGUCAUCACCACAACCCGCCAGCAAACUCCUUCCCCAUCGCUCAAUUCCACCGGAAGUGCUGACACUUCCUCCUCUUCCAGUACCGCCACCAGCAGUACUAGCAUCCGCUACUUCCAGUCACCACAUUCAACAUCGAUCUCCCCGCCGAUGACCGCCAUGGCACAGCAAGCCUGCAGCACCACCACCGGCUCCAUUGGAUCUCCACAGUCCGUGGUGACGGCACCCUCUCCCUCCCCUCGUUUGAUCGAGCUUCAAGUGGACAUUGCCGGUGGUUCCUCCACUUCCGGUACCACCGAUGCCCCACUAAACCUGUCGAAAAAAUCUCCCUCGCCUUCACCUGCCCGCCACGGAAUGCAUCCUUCUGCAAGCACCUCCUCCUCCUCAACCACCACCAUCCACAAGGUGCUACUGGAAGCGUAAGCUACAACAACAACAACAACUACUACUACUAGUACUACUACAUACUAAGUGAGAGACACGAAAACUACUAAAACACAAGCAGUAAAAGAGGCAGAUCAGUUUACACAACUGUACAAAGUUUAAACCCGUAAGAGUAGUAACUAUUUCUAGGUACGGAUAGAGUUUUAUAAAAAUCGGUUGCGCGCCACGGGGAGGAGGCACCGUGUGCAAAUUACUAUGAAGAGCAUUGAUAUUUUACUAAGCAAAACCUAAAAAAACAAACGAGGAUCUCUAUUUUUCCUCCUCCUACGGGCGCGCAUCGGAGGACGGUUAGGAGCGAGCUGGCUGGCUGGCUGGCCAGAAGCAACAAUCAGAUUCCCUCCCGUUGUAUUGUUUUGGAUGGAAAGGAUGAUGCACGUGUAGUUGGGAGACAAACAAUAAUCUAAACAAGCCAAACAGGAAGACAUUGCGUUUUUAGUGGAUAGGAGACACUGACACACCCAAAAAAAAAAGAGAGAUAAGAAGAAGCAAAACAUUGUAAUGUUCCAAUUAUUAGCAUGAUUGAAUUCAAUCAGAGUGUAGUACUCAGAAACGGAAAAGUAAUAAUGAGACAAACAAAUCGAAGAAUUUAUCAAGGAAAACCUACCAGGGGAAACUAGGAAAACAAGAUAGAUUUGAAAACUGCAUGGCAUUCAAUUUGAUACGGGAUGGUUGGAGGGGUUUGCAAUCUUUUUUUUUCUUUUCUUUUCUUUUUGUAAAUAGUUGAAAUUGAGACAAAACGGAAUUUACAAAGUUUGAUAGGUGAUGAGGCAAUUCCAAAUUUUACCAAACACCGUCUUUUUCGACAGUGCAUGCAUGAGACAUAAAAGAAGACAAAAACAAAACGAAAGCUGGAUUAUGAUGGCAAACGAAAGUGAGAUCAGACAUUGUUUUUAAGCGCAGAGAUGAAUGAGGUUAGGAGCAAGAAACAUAACCGUACUUUAAAAACACAAAGAAAAAGUGAAAUUAUCAAUCCGUUCUAAAAACCCUUAUUUCACAGCAGAAAAAAAGAAGCAGAUAAUUUAAAACUACUUUUAAAAUAAAGUAUAAAAAAGAAAAUAAAAAUCCAAACAACGGCGACGACCCGCUUGUCUUGGGAACAAAAAUCAAGCUGAAAAUUGUACAUAGUGUAAUUAGAUUAUUACUAUUUUUUUUUAAUUAAACGUGCAGAUUUUUAUUUAUUGAAACAUUUGCUUAUUAUCUUCCUUAUUAUUCUUUAUUAAGUGUCCUUUACGUUUUCCUAAUCUUUUGUAAAUAGCUAAUCAAAAUGUUAAGGUUAGAAACACACAUACACACACGAGACCAAGUUUUAAUUUAAAACAAAACCAUUUUAAUUGAACGUUAGUUUCUUUUCGUAUCACCUAUAAUUAUGAUUUUUUUUUAAUGAAGCAACAAAAACCUUUAUCAAACAGUAAGACAUAAGAAUCAAUGUUUUAAAACACAAGUAAACAAGAGAAUGAAUUAAGUUUGAAAAACUUGAACGAAAGCAAGCGCAUGGUACACACAGUGAAGUGGUUCUAUCAAUUUAUACUUCUACUGACGGCGAGUGCGUGUAUGCUUGUGUGUCGGGCAAAGACAUGCAAUCGAAUGAAUGAGCUGCGUGAGUGCGAAAUACAAAUGGAUAAUAACUACAUACACGAAAACAGAAACAAAUCGUCAAAAUGUGCAACAGUAAAAGAAAACAGAAGAAAACAACCCUACAAGUGUAAGGAGGAAGUUUCUAGGUUUAGGAGUAUAGCUGUAUAACAUUAAAACAGAGAAUAAAGAGAAUGAAAAAAACAAAAAUCAAUUGAAAUUGAAAAAAAAAACAGUGCAUGAGCCAGAAAGCGAAUGAGAAAAAAUCCAAACAAAAAAAAAAAGAGCAAAAAAACCCUAAAUUCAUAUUAUUGUAUUGAGAACAAAAAACCUAUAAA